GAAGGAAGGACUGCAGAAGACAUCUCUGCCCCAGUGAUAGAAGCCACAGGUACCACAGAAAUGAUGAGUGUCCUUGGGGCCAAUAGGCAGUCACCUCUAGAGUCUGACUUCCAGAAGCGGAGAAGGUGAGCUCCCUGGGCAAGAACUGGCACCGCUUCUGCCUGAAAUGUGAGCACUGCCACAGUGUCCUGUCCCCAGGAGGGCAUGCAGAGCACAAUGGGAGGCCGUAUUGCCACAAGCCAUGCUAUGGGAUUCUCUUCGGACCCAGUGGUAAGUACCAGCUUGGAAGGGGACAGAGUGCAGCGGAAACCCUCUCUGUGGCAGGGACCUGGAGACUCAAGUCUGACUCACCCUCUUCUCUCUGCAGGGGUGAACAUUGGUGGUGUGGGCUCCUACCUCUACAACUCCCCCAUUCUCACCCGUGCCAACACCACUCCCCUCCACCCCAGCAGUUUCAGCCCCCCAAGGCCCAGGACUGGCCUCCCCCAGCGCAAGAAAAGCCCUUGCCACAUGAAGACAUUCACUGGGGAGACCUCGCUGUGCCCUGGCUGUGAGGAACCUGUCUAUUUUGCUGAGAAGGUGAUGUCUUUGGGCAGAAAUUGGCACCGACCCUGUCUGAGGUGCCAGCGCUGCCGGAAGACUCUGACUGCUGGGAGUCAUGCUGAGCAUGACGGCGUCCCCUACUGCCACAUCCCCUGCUACGGCUACCUGUUUGGCCCCAAAGGUGUGAACAUUGGUGAUGUGGGCUGCUACAUCUAUGACCCUGUGGAGAUAAAAUCCAAAUGAGAUGCUUACAGAAGUCACCCUAACUCAGGCCUCCCAUCAUCCCCUCCAUGAUCCAAUGGGAGCUACAGAAUUCUUCAAUCCCAUGGAGGUAGGGGAAGAUGGGAUUCUGGCAGCGUGGGCCUCAGCUCCGUAGCAGACCAGAAAGUCUAGAUUUUCUCUGCCAACUCCUCCCUUUCUCAUUCCUAUCUGCUCAGGGGAACUGGUCCACCCCAUUUUGAAUGUUGGCCUCUUGUCCUUUCCAAUUCCUUUCCCCAGCAAAUUCUAUAACUUCAAGGUACUCAUAAAACUUGUGUUUAUUCAGCCUUCUCCAAUAAAAUGUUGGCUCCCA